UAUCGUUCGGUCACACUGGCUUGGGGGCAAGACAUAGGCGAAAAUAGGAAAAGAAAAUAAAAUUGAUACUGCAACAAACUCCAACACACUCAACGCAUGCGAGUGCAUUUACCAGCUGCACCUCAUCAUUCCGGGCUAGUGCAAACGACCAAAGCCGUAAAAUCAAUCGAGCUUAAUGAAAACACCGCCGCUGUAAUUCCGCGAACUGUGCGUAUAACCACAAAAAUUUUCUCUGCAUUUGAGCCCAAUUUUCGCGAGCCCGACUAUAUAGAACACACCAAUCAGAUACCAGAUUGCCCGUGUGGGGUUUGUCACUACCUUUGCUGUUAGUCCAAUAUUAUUGAUGCUAGUUUCAAACGAGACCCCAACACCGAAACAUAAAACGACAAACGAUUACCACGUAAACAGCUGCAUGCGCAAAGAUAAAGUCUGAUCGAAAAUUAACUAGAGCCGCAAUUCCGCCAGACGGUACCAGAUCAGAGAGCUAGAGAGUGCUACGAAGAUGUCCGCGGAGCGCGAAAUUCCCGCUGAGGACAGCAUUAAAGUUGUCUGCCGCUUCCGACCGCUCAACGACAGUGAGGAGAGGGCCGGCUCCAAGUUUGUCGUCAAAUUCCCCAACAAUGUCGAGGAGAACUGCAUAUCUAUUGCGGGCAAAGUCUACCUGUUCGACAAAGUCUUCAAGCCGAAUGCCUCCCAGGAGAAGGUUUACAACGAGGCGGCCAAGUCCAUUGUCUCGGACGUCCUGGCCGGCUACAAUGGAACGAUAUUCGCCUAUGGCCAGACCUCGUCCGGCAAGACGCACACAAUGGAGGGCGUCAUUGGCGACUCGGCGAAGCAGGGCAUUAUUCCACGCAUCGUCAAUGAUAUCUUCAAUCACAUCUACGCCAUGGAGGUGAAUCUGGAGUUCCACAUAAAGGUAUCAUACUAUGAGAUCUAUAUGGACAAGAUUCGGGAUCUGCUGGACGUGUCCAAGGUGAACCUGAGCGUGCACGAGGACAAGAAUCGAGUGCCCUAUGUGAAGGGUGCCACGGAGCGGUUCGUCUCCUCGCCAGAGGAAGUAUUUGAGGUGAUCGAAGAGGGCAAAUCGAAUCGUCAUAUUGCCGUAACAAACAUGAACGAGCACUCCUCUCGAUCCCACUCAGUAUUUUUGAUCAAUGUGAAGCAGGAGAAUCUGGAGAAUCAGAAGAAACUGUCGGGUAAACUAUAUCUGGUCGAUUUGGCCGGUUCCGAGAAGGUUUCCAAGACAGGAGCGGAGGGAACUGUGCUCGACGAGGCGAAGAACAUCAACAAGUCGCUGUCGGCGUUGGGCAACGUGAUCUCUGCGCUGGCUGAUGGCAACAAAACGCACAUACCCUAUCGCGACUCGAAGCUGACGCGCAUCCUGCAGGAGUCGCUGGGAGGCAACGCACGCACAACCAUUGUCAUCUGCUGCUCUCCGGCCAGCUUCAACGAGUCCGAGACGAAGUCUACGCUGGACUUUGGCCGGCGCGCCAAGACUGUGAAGAAUGUGGUCUGCGUGAACGAGGAGCUCACCGCCGAAGAGUGGAAGCGGCGGUACGAAAAGGAGAAGGAGAAGAACGGGCGCCUCAAGGGCAAGGUGGAGAAGCUGGAGAUAGAGCUGGCCCGUUGGCGGGCGGGAGAGACGGUCAAGGCCGAGGAGCAAAUUAACAUGGAAGAUCUCAUGGAGGCCAGCACGCCCAAUCUGGAGGUGGAGGCAGCGCAGCAGAAGGCCGCCGAAGCGGCCAGCGCCGCUCAGAGGACGGCGGCCCUAGCCAAUAUGUCCGCGUCGGUGGCCGCCGAUGAACGGGCUCGCCUGGCCACGGAGUGCGAACGUCUUUACCAGCAGCUGGACGACAAGGAUGAGGAGAUUAACCAGCAGAGCCAGUAUGCCGAGCAGAUGAAGGAGCAGGUCAUGGAGCAGGAGGAGCUGAUAGCCAAUGCCCGGCGGGAGUAUGAGGCUCUGCAGUCGGAGAUGGCGCGCAUCCAGCAGGAGAACGAGUCUGCCAAGGAAGAGGUUAAGGAAGUGCUGCAGGCCCUCGAGGAGCUGGCUGUCAACUAUGAUCAGAAAUCGCAGGAGAUCGAGAACAAGAACAAGGACAUCGAUGCCCUCAACGAAGAGCUGCAGCAAAAGCAGAGUGUGUUCAGUACCACCUCCACGGAGCUGCAGCAGCUCAAGGACAUGUCCUCGCACCAGAAGAAGCGCAUCACUGAGAUGCUGACCAACCUGCUGCGCGAUCUCGGUGAGGUGGGCCAGGCCAUUGCCCCCGGCGACUCCGCCAUCGACCUUAAGAUGAGCACCCUAGCCGGCACAGAUGCCACCAAAGUGGAGGAGGACUUCACCAUGGCCCGCCUGUACAUCAGCAAGAUGAAGACUGAGGCGAAAAACAUUGCUCAGCGCUGCGCCAACAUGGAGGCACAGCAGUCGGAUUCCAACAAGAAGAUAUUCGAGUACGAGAAGGAUCUGGGCGAGUACCGUCUGCUCAUCUCGCAGCACGAGGCGCGCAUGAAGUCGCUGCAGGAGUCGAUGCGGGAGGCGGAGAACAAGAAGAGGACACUCGAGGAACAGAUCGAUUCCCUGCGCGAGGAGUGCGCCAAGCUGAAGGCGGCCGAGCACGUGUCCGCCGUCAAUGCCGAAGAGAAGCAGCGCGCCGAGGAGCUGCGCUCCAUGUUCGACUCGCAAAUGGACGAGCUGCGCGAGGCCCACACCAAGCAGGUGUCCGAGCUGCGGGACGAGAUCUCCGCCAAGCAGCACGAAAUGAACGAGAUGAAGGAUGUGCACCAGAAGCUGCUGCUGGCCCACCAACAGAUGACCGCCGACUACGAGAAGGUCAAGCAGGACGAGGCCCAGAAAUCCAACGAACUGCAGAAUAUGAUUCUCACCAGCGAGCGACGGGAGCAGGCGCGCAAGGACCUCAAGGGCCUCGAGGACACCGUGGCCAAGGAACUGCAGACACUGCACAAUCUCCGCAAGCUCUUCGUUCAAGAUUUACAGCAACGAAUCCGAAAGAAUGUGGUCAACGAGGAGAGCGAGGAGGAUGGCGGCUCGUUGGCACAGAAGCAGAAGAUAUCCUUCCUGGAGAACAACCUCGAUCAGCUGACCAAGGUGCACAAACAGCUGGUGCGCGACAACGCCGACCUGCGCUGUGAGCUGCCCAAGCUGGAGAAGCGUCUGCGCACGACAAUGGAACGGGUAAAGGCCCUGGAGACGGCGCUAAAGGAGGCAAAGGAGGGUGCUAUGAGGGAUCGCAAGCGCUACCAGUACGAAGUGGAUCGGAUCAAGGAGGCGGUGCGUCAGAAGCACCUGGGGCGACGGGGACCGCAGGCACAAAUCGCCAAGCCCAUCAGAGCGGGCCAGGGCGCCAUUGCCAUACGAGGCGGUGGCGCUGUCGGUGGUGCAGCAUCGCAGCUAUCCAACAACUCGUAAAUUCACACGCUCCACCCAUGCACCACCACCACCAACACGCACCCCGUCGCCGCCCAGUCCAUCUCCGCUUUAAACUA